AGAGUAGCGCACACUUUUUACAUUUGAAGCAAAUUCGCCAGCAAACAAAGCAUUUGCCAAUACGUUACCGGCCGCGCGCUUUGACAGGUAGAGACAAAGUUUUUCUCCCGGCACGCGCUCUUUUGCACUGUCGGCGUCAUCGCGUACGAAAGUGCAGCUGUUGUGUUUGUCCGUUCAGGCCAACAAAUUCUUCUCAUUCGCACACUAGAUCUCCCACAGCAAUCUUCUCCUAACCUACAGGUUCGUGCGUGUGUGCGUGAUAUUGUUCGCGAGGCAUUUGCCAAAGCAAUAGAAGUGAGAAAGAGCAAUUUGCCGUGUGUGUUUCGUCCUACAAUUCUGUUCUGGCUGGGGACAACCCCGACGACGCAUCAUCUCGCUACAAAGUGCCGCCGUUUCGUGCGCUUCGAAAGCUAAGCCUACUUCACGGGUACAGGAAGACAAUUGCCGGAUCUGCUGCUUGGAAGAAACGCCACCACCAUGACUGACAUUCGGUCAAUGUUUGCCAAACAGCAGAAUGGCUCACCGGCGGCUGCUACGUCCAGCCCCAAAAUCGGUGGUAAAUCGAUCGAAAAGAUUUACCAGAAAAAAACGCAACUGGAACAUAUCCUGCUCCGACCGGACACGUACAUCGGUUCGGUCGAGAUGGUGAAGGAACCGAUGUGGGUGUUCGACAAGGAGGCCAAAAAGAUGGUCCAGCGUGACAUCACGUACGUGCCAGGCCUGUACAAGAUCUUCGACGAGAUUCUGGUAAACGCGGCCGACAACAAGCAGCGUGAUGCGAAGAUGAGCGUCAUCAAGGUGGAGAUCAAUCAGGAAACGAACACGAUCUCGGUAUGGAACGAUGGAAAGGGCAUACCGGUGGUAAUGCACAAGGAUGAAAAAAUGUUCGUUCCGACGAUGAUCUUUGGCCAUCUGCUCACGUCAUCGAACUACGACGACGACGAGGAAAAGGUGACCGGCGGCCGGAACGGGUACGGUGCGAAGCUGUGCAACAUUUUCAGCACCAAGUUUACGGUCGAGACGGCCUCGAAGCAGUACAAGAAGUGCUUCAAACAGACCUGGGCCGAUAACAUGUCGAAGGUGACCGAGCCGAAGAUUAAGGAAGACUAUUUCGGCGAAGACUACACGAAAAUUACGUUUACGCCCGAUCUUUCCAAGUUUAAGCUGGAAAAGCUGGACGAUGACAUUGUCGGUCUGCUGUCCCGCCGAGCCUACGAUGUGGCGGCGUCGACGCGCGGCGUGACGGUGUUUCUCAACGGUCAGCGGGUCCCGGUGAAGACGUUCAAGGAUUACGUCGAUCUUUACCUGCGGGAUAACACCGACGAGGUGGGCGGGCAGGUGAAGAUCUGCUACGAAGCAGUUAACGAUCGGUGGGAGAUUGCCGUUGCCAUUUCGGAGCGUGGGUUCCAGCAAGUGUCGUUCGUUAACUCGAUUGCCACGACGAAGGGUGGUCGCCAUGUGGACUAUGUGGCGGAUAUGGUCGUGAAGCAGCUGAUCGAGGUGCUGAAGAAGAAGAACAAGGGCGGCGUUACGAUUAAACCAUUCCAGGUGAAGAACCACAUGUGGGUCUUCAUCAACUGUCUGAUCGUGAACCCGACGUUCGACUCGCAGACGAAGGAAAACAUGACGCUGCAGGCGAAGAGCUUCGGUACGAAGUUUACCCUGUCGGAUAAGUUUAUUGGGGCCGUAUCGAAGAGCGGUAUCGUCGAGUCGGUGCUGCAGUGGGCCAAAUUUAAAGCGCAAACCGAUCUUGCCAAAACUUCCGGCUCGAAGAAGUCCAAGAUCAAGGGCAUUCCGAAGCUGGAAGACGCCAACGACGCCGGUACGCGCAAUUCGCUCAACUGUACGCUCAUCCUUACGGAGGGAGAUUCGGCCAAAACGUUGGCCGUUUCCGGGUUGGGAGUGGUCGGACGCGACACGUACGGAGUGUUUCCGUUGCGUGGUAAGCUGCUGAACGUGCGCGAAGCCACCCACAAACAGAUUCUGGAAAAUGCCGAAAUCAACAAUCUGAUCAAGAUUUUGGGUCUGCAGUACAAGAAGAAGUAUCUUACGAUCGAGGACCUGAAGACGCUCCGGUACGGCAAGCUGAUGAUCAUGACCGAUCAGGAUCAGGACGGUUCGCACAUUAAAGGUUUGCUGAUCAACUUCAUCCACACCAACUGGCCAGAGCUUUUGCGGCUGCCGUUCCUCGAGGAGUUUAUUACGCCCAUCGUGAAGGCGUCGAAAAAGAAUGGCGAAGAGCUGUCCUUCUUCUCGCUGCCCGAGUUUGAGGAGUGGAAGGCGGACACACCGAACGCGCACACGUACAACAUCAAGUACUACAAGGGUUUGGGUACGUCCACCUCGAAGGAGGCGAAGGAAUACUUCCAGAACAUGGAACGCCAUCGGAUUCUGUUCCGCUACGAGGAUACCGGUGACGAUGACGCCAUUCUGCUGGCGUUCUCGAAGAAAGCGAUCGAACAGCGCAAAGACUGGCUGACGGCGCACAUGGAAGAGUGCCGGCAUCGGAAGCAGGUCGGACUGCAGGAGCGCUACCUGUACACGAAAUCGACGCGCGAGAUUUCCUACAAGGAUUUCGUCAAUCUCGAGCUGGUGCUGUUCUCCAACUCGGACAACAUUCGCUCGAUUCCGUGCAUGCUGGAUGGGUUGAAGCCGGGCCAGCGGAAGGUAAUGUUUACGUGCUUCAAGCGUGACGAUAAGCGCGAGGUGAAGGUGGCCCAGCUGGCUGGAUCGGUGGCAGAAAAGUCGGCGUACCAUCACGGUGAGCAGUCGCUCUGCUCCACCAUCAUCAACCUGGCGCAGAAUUACGUCGGCAGCAACAACAUCAACCUGCUGUAUCCGGGCGGCCAGUUUGGUACGCGCCUGACCGGCGGAAAGGAUAGUGCCAGCCCGAGGUACAUCUUCACCAUGAUGUCGGUGCUGACGCGCCACAUCUUUCACCCGCUGGACGAUCCGCUGCUCGAGUACCAGUUCGAGGACAAUCAGCGCAUCGAACCGGUGUGGUAUUUGCCCAUCAUUCCGAUGCUGCUGAUCAACGGUGCGGAGGGUAUCGGUACCGGGUGGUCGACGAAAAUCCCGAACCACAAUCCGCGCGACGUCAUUGCCAACAUUCGGCGCAUGCUGAACGGGCAGGAACCGAAGGUGCUGAACCCGUGGUACAAAAAUUUCCAGGGCGUCAUUGAGUCGGUCGGUGCGCAGCGGUACAUUACGGCGGGCAACGUUGGGCUGUUGGAUAAUCAGAAGAUUGAGAUUUCCGAACUGCCCAUCGGCACCUGGACGCAAACGUACAAGGAGAACGUGCUGGAGGUGUUGCUGCACGGGUCGGAAAAGCUGAAGCCCGUCAUUUCGGAGUACCGGGAGUACAACACGGACACGACGGUGCGGUUCGUCAUCUCGUUCCUGCCGGGCGAGUACGAAAAGCUGUACGCGGAGGAGGGCGGCUUCCAUCGGGUGUUCAAGCUGACCAGUUCGCUCACGACGUCCACCAUGCACGCGUUCGACGAUAAGAACUAUCUGCGCCGCUACACGCACGCGAAUGACAUUUUCGCCGAGUUUUACACGAUCCGGCUCGAGUAUUACGGCAAGCGGCGGACCUAUUUGCUCGGUAUGUUGCAGGCCGAGGCGGACAGUCUGUCGGAUAAGGCGCGCUUCAUUAUGGAGAAGUGCAGUGGCACGCUGGUGGUGGAGAACAAGAAGCGCAAGCUGCUGAUUGACGAGCUGAUCAAGCGCGGCUACCGGGCGGAUCCGAUCCAGGAGUGGAAGCGCCGCGUCAAGGCGAACGACGAGGAGGGCGAGGAGGAGGACGGUGAGGCCGAAGAGGAAGAGCAGGAGGACGUGAAGCCGGGCAAAUCGUCGGCCAAGGGCGCCAAGGGUCCGGUCGAUCCGGAGAAAGCGUUCCAGAGGCUGACCGACGUGAAGAAGUUCAACUAUCUGCUCGGCAUGUCCAUGUGGAUGCUGACCGAGGAGCGGAAGAACGAAAUUCUCAAGCAGCGCGAUCAGAAGCUGUCCGAACUGAAGGCCCUGCAGGCGAAGACGCCCGAGAUGCUGUGGAACGAUGAUUUGGAUGUGCUGUCCCGCAAGCUGGACGAGUUCGAGGAGAAGGAGCGGCUGGAUGCGAUCAGCACGGAGAAGAAAAUGAAGGGUGCCGCAAGCAAGGUCGGUCCGUCGGGACGUAAAGUAGCGACCGGACGGAAGACCGCCAUCGACGACACGAAACCGAGCAUGGAUGCGGAAGCGGUCAAGUUCCGCAUCUCGGAGGAAAUGGUGAAAAAGUUCGAAAAGGCCGCAUCGGUGAAGGUGAAGAAGGAGAAGAAGGAACCGGGCGAGAACGGCGGGGAGGGUGGUACCGGAGAGCUGGACGAGUUUGAUGCGCUGGUCGAUGGGGCGGCGGCACCGGGCGGUGAGAAACCGAAGCCGAAACCGCGCGUCAAGAAGGAGCCGAAGGAACCGAAAGCACCGAAGGCACCGCGGGUGAAGAAGGAGAAGGGAUCGCCAGCCGAGAAGGGCAAACGGGGACGGAAAAAGAAGAACCAAUCGUCGGAUGAAGAAGAUGCGUUUAAAUCCGACAUGAGCGGUGAUGAUUUCGCACCGCCGGUGAACGUUCCGACACGCGAAAAAACUGGACGUCGUGCGGCCGCCGCAAAGAAGGUCAACUACUCCGUAAUGAAUGACGGAGAGGACGACGACGACGAUGACUUCAACCGGUCGGACGACGAAAUGUUCGCCAACAAUCCGGAAGGUCGCUCGAACGCCGACAGUGAAGUGGAGGAGGUGCAGCAAUCGUCCGCACCGAUCGAUCUGGAUGAUAGCGAUUCGUCGCCGAUAAAGAAGCCCGGCCCGGUGAAAAAGCGAGUCCUAGGACCGAAGGCGGCUGGCGGCACAAAGCGUGGCCGAAAGGCAGCCGACAGUAGCCAGGACAGUGAAGCGGAAAAGCCCGUCAAGAAAACAAAGAAGAAGAUCGUCGAAGGCUCCGAGGAUGAAGAUUCUCCUGUGAUCGAUGAUGACGAUGAUUCGGACUACUAAGCGCGCGCCCGCACUGCCAAGUGCCAAGUUAGUGUCCUAUUGACCACGCCUAAAUGCAAGCAAAAACUACUUACUUACGUGUGGGAGGAAGCGAAUUUGGGGCUGAGCGAAUGCCGAUCAGCAUGUAUAUGUAUGCACGGCAGCAGCAGCAGCAGCAGCAGCAGCUGGUAAGGCCCCUUAGUGGUAAGGCAACAUAUGUAUUUGUGGUUUACACCCAUCUAACAACGGUAAGCGAUGGAGAAAGUAUUAAAGCGGAAUGAUGCUAGAUUUGUGGCGUGUUUUGUGUAAUGUAUGUCUCUCUCACUUGCAAUGUAGCUCUAGUGCUAGGUAUGGUUUAGAUUGUUGUGGGAAAAGGAUGCAGCAGCGGCAGCAGCAGCAGGAGCGAACUACAUACAUUCUUAUCCCAUUUCUCUCUGUUAGUUUUAGUAAACACCCGCAACACAGGAACGCAAAAUCUAGCCCGUUUCGAGCGCUACUUCUCUUCCACAACACACCAGCAGCUGCUCGGGCGAUGUUACAGCGAAUAGAAUUGUAACGAAAGACACCGACACCCCUCUGCUGCACGAAUCCAUUAAAUAAAGCAUGAACAAGCAUGGAAAUCGGACGAGAGGAGAGGCAGUUUGAGCGUUAGGAAUAGAGGUGUUUUACUCUUAACUUGCAAAACCAUCUAUAAAUAUAUAUAUUACCGAUUAAGCGGAUAAGUACAAUGUUAGCACCUAGGAUCACACUUACCUAACGUACGGUGCUACGGCACGUGCAGAGUAGAGUGGUACGAUCAGAAGCGAUCACACCACCGAUAUAUCCUACCAAGAGCUCUGUUACAACCAAUCAUAGCAAAACAAGAGCUGAAUUAUUUAAGUACUUUCCACACACACACACAAGCACACUAAGAAGAUCCACUUUUCGUUUCGAUUCCAUUACACAAAAUAAAUCCAACCUGUAUAUACUUUGUA